AUCACUCUCUCUCUCUCUCUCUCUCUCUCUCUCUCUCUCGCUCUGUUUCUCUCGAGUCUUGAAUCUUCGUCCCCUGUUCUAUAUUAGACCCCGACGAGUCCCAACAGUUUCUCACUCUUCACUUGGUACUCUCUCACUCCUCCUUCAGUGGCAGGAGAGUAAUUAAUAAGCAAUGUCUUCCUCCUCCUCCUCCUCCCAAUGUCUCUCUUCUCUUCUUCUAGUGCUGUUAAUCCUCUGUUUAUCUGGUGUGAGCUCAGCUGACACCGUUAACCCCACCAUCAAGGGCAAAGGCUACCGUCUCAUCUCCAUCGAAGAAACCCCUGACGGCGGCCUUCUGGGUCUCCUCCAGCUCAAACAGAAGUCCAAAACCUACGGCCCCGAUAUCCCCCUCCUGCAGCUCUAUGUCAAGCACGAGACACAGGACCGGUUGAGGGUCCACAUAACCGACGCUCAGAAGCAGAGGUGGGAGGUUCCCUACAACCUCCUCCCCAGGGAGCAGCCGCCGUCUCUGAAACAAACCAUCACGCCGUCAGGGAAGACGAAGAACCCCAUCGAAGUCUCAGAGUACUCCGGCUCUGAGCUCAUUCUCAGCUACAUCUCCGACCCAUUUGGGUUCGCAGUCAAGAGGAAGUCCGACGGGCAGGUCCUCUUCAAUUCGAGCUCCGAAUCGAAAGACCCAUAUGGCGAACUGGUGUUUAAGGACCAGUACCUCGAGAUAUCCACCCGACUGCCGAAAGACGCCUCCCUGUACGGCCUCGGAGAGAACUCUCAGCCGCACGGGAUCAAGCUCUACCCGAACGAUCCAUACACCCUCUUCACCACCGACGUCUCGGCGAUCAAUCUCAACACUGAUUUGUACGGGUCCCACCCGGUUUACAUGGAUCUCCGGAAUGUGGGCAGCGAGGCUUACGCACACUCUGUUCUGCUGCUCAACAGCAAUGGCAUGGAUGUGUUUUACAGAGGGACUUCUCUCACCUACAAGGUCAUUGGGGGUGUUUUCGACUUUUACUUCUUUGCUGGGCCGACGCCGUUGGGCGUUGUCGACCAGUACACGGCGUUCAUCGGCAGACCGGCCCCGAUGCCCUACUGGUCUCUUGGAUUCCACCAAUGCAGAUGGGGUUACCACAACUUAUCAGUGGUUGAAGAUGUUGUUGCGAACUACAAAAAGGCUGAAAUCCCGCUAGAUGUCAUUUGGAAUGACGAUGAUCACAUGGACGGACACAAAGACUUCACCCUCAACCCCAAAAACUACCCUCGUCCAAAGCUCUUGGCAUUCCUUGACAAAAUACAUAAGAUAGGCAUGAAGUACAUUGUCAUUAUCGAUCCUGGAAUUGGUGUUAAUACCAGUUACGGUGUAUACCAAAGAGGUUUAGCGAAUGAUGUUUUCAUUAAAUAUGAGGGUGAACCCUACUUGGCCCAAGUUUGGCCUGGGGCUGUAAACUUCCCCGACUUCCUCAACCCCAAAACUGUUUCAUGGUGGGGUGAUGAGAUCCGCCGCUUUCAUGAACUUGUCCCUGUUGAUGGCUUAUGGAUUGACAUGAACGAAGCUUCAAAUUUCUGUUCUGGGAAGUGCAAAAUUCCAAACAAGCAGUGUCCGACGGGUACAGGACCUGGCUGGGUAUGUUGCUUGGAUUGCAAAAACAUUACAAAGACAAGAUGGGAUGAUCCACCUUACAAGAUCAAUGCUUCAGGGUUGCAGGUACCCAUUGGAUACAAAACCAUAGCCACUAGUGCAUCUCAUUACAAUGGCGUUUUGGAGUAUGAUGCUCACAGUCUCUAUGGCUUUUCCCAGUCCAUUGCAACUCACAAAGCUCUUCAAGGGCUUGAGGGCAAGAGGCCAUUUAUAUUAACCCGGUCCACAUAUGUUGGUUCAGGCAGGUAUGCUGCACAUUGGACAGGUGAUAACAAGGGGACUUGGGAGGAUUUGAAGAUAUCAAUCACUACCGUGCUCAAUUUUGGAAUAUUUGGAGUGCCGAUGGUUGGUGCAGACAUAUGUGGGUUCUAUCCAGCACCUACUGAAGAGCUUUGCAACCGUUGGAUUGAAGUAGGCGCUUUUUAUCCCUUUUCAAGGGAUCAUGCGAACUUCUAUUCCCCGAGACAAGAGCUUUAUCAAUGGGAGUCUGUAGCUGAGUCUGCUCGAAAUGCACUAGGUAUGAGGUAUAAACUCCUCCCUUAUCUGUACACAUUAAGCUACGAAGCUCACAUCAGCGGUGCCCCAAUUGCCAGGCCACUUUUCUUCUCGUUCCCAACAUAUACUGAAACGUAUGGAUUGAGUACUCAAUUCUUGUUGGGGAGCAGCGUUAUGAUUUCACCAGUGCUUGAACAGGGAAAGUCAAACGUUAAAGCAUUAUUUCCCCCGGGAAGCUGGUACAGUUUAUUUGAUAUGACGCAGGCCAUUAGCUCAACAAAAGGGAAGUAUGUUACGCUUGAUGCGCCUUUGCAUGUUGUUAAUGUGCAUCUGUAUCAGAAUACCAUUCUACCAAUGCAGCAGGGUGGACUGAUCUCUAAAGCAGCAAGAACAACCCCUUUUAGCCUCGUUGUUGCGUUCCCAGCUGGGGCAAGCAAUGCAACAGCCAAGGGGAACCUGUUCCUUGACAACGAUGAGCUUCCCGAGAUGAAUCUUGGAAACGGUUACUCCACAUAUGUUGAUUUCUAUGCAACUGUAAGCGAAGGAAAUGUGAAAGUGUGGUCAGAAGUUCAGGAGGGUAAGUUUGCUUUAAGUAAAGGCUGGAUUGUUGGGAAGGUGAGUGUGUUAGGACUGGAUGGAAGCGGAGCAACAUCUUCUCUCGAGGUUGAUGGAAACCAAGCGACAAGCGUUUCAAACGUAGAGUUGAUUGCUUCAGAACAGACGUAUCUCAAUGAGAUAGAAGACGGAGAGCAGACCAAGAGCGUAAUGGUGGAGGUUAACGGUCUGUCCCUUCCUGUUGGGAAGAACUUUGCCAUGUCUUGGAAAAUGGGGAUCAAGGCUUGAUUUGCUAGACGAUAUGUGCCCUUUAUUUUGAGCUAGCUAGUUUUGGUCCUCUAAUUUACUUGUUCUGCAGCCAUUCGGGCGGAAAUAGUUGAUGUCUUUAGAGUUAUUAUCGCAGUUGUUGAUGGCGAGGAGAUGAGUUAAGGAUAUCCUCAUCCUUCUCCACGUAAACAAAGCAAAAAAUGGUGAGGUUUAUUGUUGCUUAGAGGCUCUUCCGUUGUUGCUUAGCUUGUACGAAAUAAAGCAAAAUUUCAGGACUUGUUCUCUUA